CAUCGUAGCUUUUCUUUGACUCCAUUAAGUUCAUUUUCCAUUUCAUUCUUUCAAUUCAUAGCGAGACAGAAAAUAGAGGGAGAGGGUCUCUGCUUUAUAGAGAAAAUAAAACAGAGACAUUUAUCGUGACAGAGAUACAGAGAAAAACAGAGCUCUGAGUACCAAAACAAUGGCGGUUUCUCUAACACGCUUCCUCGUCUUCUUCCUAUUUUCAUCGCUCUUUAUUGUAAUGGCGAAAGGCGAUGAUGUACAGUCAAGAUUUGUUGAAACAGAGAAGUUGCAGAGCUCUGAAAAUUCGACAAUGGCGGAUAGGUUGGAUGAUAAUUGGAUUAAUGAACAUGCUGUAGAUAAUCCAGACGAAAUUGCUUCUAUGGUUGAUAUGAGUAUUAGGAACAGCAGUGAGAGAAGGAAUUUGGGUUAUUUCUCAUGUGCCACAGGGAAUCCAAUUGAUGACUGCUGGCGCUGUGACCCUGGUUGGCACCUCCACCGCAAGCGCCUAGCCAAUUGCGGUAUCGGGUUCGGGCGCAAUGCGGUGGGUGGUCGUGAUGGUAGGUACUAUGUUGUGAACGACCCGGGGGAUGAUGACCCGGUGAACCCGAAACCCGGUACGCUCCGGCACGCGGUGAUCCAAGAUAGGCCAUUGUGGAUUGUGUUCAAGAGGGACAUGGUGAUAAAUUUAAAGCAGGAGCUCAUCAUGAACAGCUUUAAGACAAUCGAUGGUCGAGGUGUGAAUGUCCAUAUUGCUUACGGGGCUUGCAUCACAAUUCAAUUUAUCACCAAUGUCAUUAUCCAUGGCUUACACAUCCAUGAUUGCAAACCCACUGGGAAUGCAAUGGUUAGGAGCUCACCAUCACAUUAUGGUUGGAGAACAAUAGCUGAUGGGGACGCCAUUUCCAUAUUCGGAUCCAGUCACAUUUGGAUUGAUCAUAAUUCUCUAUCUAAUUGUGCUGAUGGACUUGUUGAUGCUAUUAUGGGCUCGACCUCUAUUACCAUUUCUAACAACUACUUUACCCACCACAAUGAGGUUAUGCUGUUAGGUCACAGUGACUCCUAUACAAGGGACAAGCAAAUGCAAGUGACCAUCGCCUACAACCAUUUUGGCGAAGGUCUUAUCCAGAGGAUGCCUAGAUGUAGACAUGGAUAUUUCCAUGUGGUAAAUAAUGACUACACACACUGGGAAAUGUAUGCUAUUGGUGGAAGUGCUAACCCCACUAUUAACAGCCAGGGCAAUAGAUAUCUUGCCCCUAGCAACCCUUUUGCUAAGGAGGUUACAAAGAGAGUUGAAACAUCAGACGGUGUAUGGAAGCAUUGGAAUUGGAGAUCAGAAGGUGAUCUUUUGCUGAAUGGAGCUUACUUCACUCCAUCAGGAGCUGGUGCUGCAGCUAGUUAUGCCAGAGCCUCUAGCUUAGGAGCCAAGUCUUCAUCCAUGGUUGGCUCCAUUACCUCUGGUGCUGGUGUCCUCAGCUGCCGCCGUGGCCGCCAAUGUUAAUUUCAACAUUAUAAACAAAAAACCACAAAAUCAAAACAAAAAAAAUGAUUAAAAAAGAAAGGAACAAAAAUUGGAAAAAAAAAAAAAAAGAAAGAAAGGAAGAAAAAAAUUAUUCAUUUUCCCUUCCUUUUAUUAUCAUUAUAAUUGUUGUUAUUAUCAUUAUAUAGCACUAUGAUGAGUGAGUUUGCAGUCAUUCUGUUGACAACCCUCCUUAUUUUGUAUUUUCCCAAUCAAUAGUUGAAAAAGUGUACAUUUUUUUUUUCUUACAUCAAAUGUUUCACAUUUUUGUCGACGAAUUUACUUCGGCAUCCUUCUAGUGCUCAAGCAAUCAAUAUUCUCUCAUUUUGCUUUGUUUGUCUA